GCGGCGCGCGGUGAUGGUGUCAGCGCGCGGCGCCCGGUGCCGAAAGGUCCCAACUAUGCGCCGUGUGACCCGGCCAUGYCACGGCUCCCGCGGCAGGGGCUCGUUCUGAUAAACAGAGUCUGGCGCGGCGCCGCAGUUUGCAAGUCAUGUGCUCUCCGACGAUUUUCCAUCCAGCCUGCCCAGCAGAAGAAGAUUCCAAACCGGUAUUUGGGCCAGCCCAGCCCCUUCACACACCCACAUCUGCUCAAACCAGGAGAGGUAACCCCAGGAUUGUCACAGGUAGAAUAUGCUCUUCGCCGACACAAACUGAUGGUGUUGAUCCAGAAGGAAGCCCAAGGCUGGGAUGGCUUGGACCACACAGUGAUUCUGCUAUCCAACCCCACAUACUACAUGAGCAAUGACAUCCCCUAUAUUUUCCACCAGGACACUAAUUUCCUGUACCUCUGUGGGUUUCAGGAGCCUGACAGCAUCCUGGUACUGCAGAGCAUUCCUGGCAAAGCGCUGCCAUCUCACAAAUCCAUACUUUUUGUGCCUCAGAGAGAUCCAAGUCGAGAGCUAUGGGAUGGGCCCAGAUCAGGCCCCGAUGGGGCACUUGCUCUCACAGGAGUAGAUGAAGCUUACAACAUUGAGGAGUUCAGGCACUUGGUGGCCAAGCUGAAAGGUGAGUCAAACAUGGUUUGGUAUGACUUGAGAAAGCCAGCACAUACAAAGCUGCACUCUGACUACCUACAGCCCCUGGCUGAGAUAAAAGCUCGGAGCAAGAACCACGUCCAGGGCAUUCAACAUCUUGUGCAAAACCUUCGGCUGAUCAAAUCUCCUGCAGAGAUUGAGAGGAUGAAGAUAGCUGGACGGGUGACAGCAGAGGCUUUCACAGAGACAAUGUUUGCCAGUAAAUCCCCAGUGGAUGAAGCCUUUCUGUAUGCAAAGUUCGAAUUUGAGUGCCGAGCUCGUGGUGCUGACAUCUUGGCAUACCCCCCUGUUGUUGCUGGUGGCAACAGAUCAAACACUUUGCACUAUGUGAAGAACAAUCAGCUCAUCAAGGAUGGUGAACUGGUCCUGCUAGAUGGUGGAUGUGAGUUUUCUUGCUAUGUGAGUGACAUCACUCGUACCUGGCCUGUCAAUGGAAGGUUCACUAAACCCCAAGCAGAACUUUAUCAAGCUGUCCUGGAUAUCCAGAAGUCCUGCUUGAGCCUCUGYUCCCCAGGCAUGAGUCUGGAUAAUAUCUACAGCCUCAUGCUAAGCCUUAUUGGACAGAAACUGAAAGACUUGGGUGUCCUGGAGGGCACCAUCACUGACAGCCAUUUCUUCAAGGCUGUUCGAAAGUACUGCCCACACCAUGUGGGGCAUUACCUGGGCAUGGAUGUUCAUGAUACCCCAGAUAUAUCCCGAUCGCUCCMGUUCCAGCCAGGCAUGGUGAUAACUAUUGAACCAGGCAUUUAUAUCCCUGAGAAUGAUGCGAGUGCUCCAGAGAGGUUUCGUGGCAUUGGUGUGCGCAUUGAGGAUGAUGUUGUGAUAACAGAGGAUGCGCCUCUUGUCUUGUCUGCUGACUGUCCCAAGGAGAUUUACCACAUUGAGCAGAUCUGUGGCCGCAGCUCAUGAUGCCCCUUCUCUGCCUCUUCCACCCUCCUUGGGAGACACAGUCCUGCAGGGAUGCAGGUCCCUGUAGCUGGCUGUAGUUGUUAGGAGAUGGAGGGCAUGGAAAGUUGAUGACUGUUUCCAAGACUGGGGCAGGGCAGUGGAAUGCAAAAGACUUGGGUACUGAGGAAUGAAAAAGCAAAGCAACCUUUUUUGUGUGCAUUUUUCUUCUGAUUUGUGCUGAUGUUGAACUGUUAGAGAACAUGGGGGUGAAAUCAUGCCUCUGCUGUGUGGAUCCAUGUGUUCUGGGGCCCUUUCGGAGUUUGAAUUUUGUCAGUGCCACCAGAUGCAUGGGUACAACUGUUGAGACUGAGGCCCCGAUUUUCCCCCUUUAUUAGUAGUUUCCCAAGAGUCAGACUUUUAAAAUGAAGUUUUAUAAAUGCUGGUUUGGGAUAAGAAAGUGUCAACUUUAAUUUUAUAGAACCAGGUAAGGAGAAAGUUUGGUAAUCAGGAAGAUUAAUUUGAUGGAGAGGUGGUUGUAUCUGAAGCCAGUGGAGGAUUCUUUUAGUAUUUUAAGGAUAAGGAUGUAUUUAGGCUGUGUUCAGGCAUAUGCAAAAUAGGCCAGCCGGGUAAAACACCUUGUCUGGUCUUUCAGCUUAUUGGAGUGUUUGGUACUUUCAAAAAGGACAAAUAGGGCUCCGAUUCUUGCCGUCUUCCACAGUCUUGUCCUUUUGUCCCAAAGGUCCAUUCCUGUUUCCUGUUCUGAGUCCCUCUCUACCCUUGAAAGCAGGGCCAUGUUGAUUAUGCUGGACUCCCCUGGUGAGCUGUUGGUUGUCACCAGGUGUGAGGUGUCCAAUUCUGGGACAGUCACAGCACCUUUUUGGUUUAUGCUUGCUAUAUGCUCUAAGUGCCAGCAACUUCAGCAGUGUGCUUUUGAAGAGUACCGUAUGGCGAGUGUCAGGUCCAUAUAGCUUCUAUAAGGAGUUUAGUGGAACUUAAAGUAAUUCUUUUCUGAACUCUAAGGGCAUGCUAAGAGCUGAGUUGUGGGUUUUGCCAAGUGCUCUGAUAAUAUUUUUGAGGUAGCUGGAAAUUGAUUAGGGGCUAGGCUGGAUGAGGAGUAAAGAGAAGAGUUUUCUACCCUCAGCAUCAGCCUACCACCCAGACCAUUGUAUGCUAUAGUAAAUACACCUACUAGAGGCAAGCACAGCAUCUGUGUGUUUACUGGAAAUAUUUUGACAAUCAGCUAUUUAAGAUGUCUGAAAAAUGCCUCUCAUCAGAGCAUCUCCUGUUAUUUACACUUGCUGUUGCAUCACCUUACUUCCUUUCUUAUGGUAGCUUUCAGUAUUCUUCAUCUGUUACUCUAAAUUUUCUUUCUCUUCUCUUCCUAGAUUGUCUAUUUUUGACCACUAUGUCACUGCUUCCUAAUCCAUUUUACUUUCUUAUCAACGUCACUGCCUCUACCCUGGUUUGGCCUAAUUCCACACAGUGAAUGUAGCCAGAAGCAUGCAGGGAAGGUGGUCAGGGCUCUGGAGUUUGACCUCUUGUUCUGUUGCUAUGUAACCUCUAGCAAAAUCUACACCUUUUUUUUUGUUGUUCCAUUUUUUGUUUUUUCUGUGUUUUAUUUCACUUAGGAAAAGCCAAGUGGGCAGUGUCUCUUGUCUCCUAUUGCAUUUAAUGUGAGCUGGGUGCAUGUACUGGGGUUUGAAUUUUGGCACCUGAAAGCCAGCCAAGGCAUGACAUAAUUUUAUUUUCUAAACAUGACAAAAAUAAAUGCUUUUAAAGGGUUUAGUGUAUCAAGUUUCACUUAUUUGAGAGAAUCUGCUAAUCUCUGAUGGCAGUGCUUGUUAAAUACUCCUGUGUUSCAGUGAUAGCUACAGCCUAAAAUGUUAUAUGGAAGGUUUCCUAAGUAUGAACACAGACCUGAUGAAUACUUUGGAUGUUGCUGUGAUCUGUARUACAUUUGUUGUUCCAAUUACACCUGUUAGAGCCAUAUCAACUGGGCCAAAUCUUGGGGAUUUUGGAACUAUGUAAGCAGCUUAAAAUAACAUUAAUCUGAGAGAUACAUGUGUGGGCUGAUCUGCACAUCUGCCCAUGCAUCUAACAGAGUUAAUAAUUGUACUUACUGUAAAUAAGCCUUUAAAAUGCAUACAUAAAAACUAUUUUUAAAAUAAAAUAAUUUGUAGAAAGUAAUUUCUCAGGCCAUCAAGUUGCAUGCUGUGGGAUAGAUAUACACAUACCUCCAAAACCAGCUUUAUUUUUCRGGGAGAUAAAUUGUGUGUGACUUGUCUUGGACUUGAAACAUUGUCAAAUGUAGACACACAGUAAUUCCUGCUCUUCUCAGGAAAAUCCUGCAAUUUGUAAACACCAAUAGAUCUUAGGAAUGCUGCAGAUGAAUGUUUCUGUUAGUARAGAAGUGUUUGUGACUUUCCUGAGUGGAAAGUAAUGGAUCUGCUAGGGCUGCUGAACCCCACCAUGUUGAGUGUGUCUAAUUUAGGCCAUGGGUAUUCUGUCAUUCUUCCCUCUGUUCUGUAUUCUGUAAUGCUUCCACUGUGUUCAGCCAUUUUUUCAGCAUAAACUGCUGCUGUUUURAAUCUCUUACUCCACAUAAAGGGUUCAUUUUGCAGAAGGCAUUAAAUCUGCAUCUUAUGAACCUAUAUUUUUGAAGGUUUUUUUUCACUUGUUGCAGAGAUGAAUAAUCUGUGACCUACACACAUGCUUGCAAUGUCCCUUGCAAGCAACCAAAUCCUUGGAUAUUUUACAUGACUUUCAUCAAAAAUCUCUAAAGAGCUUGGUUUUCUGGCUGCAGGCACAGUAUAUACCUGUAGUGUAUCUCCCUGGUUACUGAUCCCAUCCUGCCAGAGUUAGUCUGCCUCUGCCACAGAAGAGAUUCCUUGCUCCAACCACUUGGGUGCAGGAGCAGCUCUCAGUGGUGGUACAAGUCGACAGCUGCUUGAUGAAGACCUUAGUGGGAUCAUGGGGAGUGAAAGAGAAAUUGAGGAAUACGCAAGUUCACGUGGGGAGAGAUUUGAUUUCAUAUGGCACAGGUCUUAAGGGGAUCAGAGUAUGAGAGAAAAUGAGUCAGCCAUCCCUAUGGAGAAGCUGCUUUGCUUCCAGAGGAACCCUGAGAGGUUUUGGCUUUCCCAUUUCACUUUCUACCAGGAGACUGCUUUACUUUGCAGAGAACUAGUAAAGUCCURUAGUUAAAUACAGUCUGAACAGAGGUCCCAAUUUGCAGAUUUGUGACAUUUAACACAAUUUGGCAUUUUAUCUGUAUGUGGAAAAAUACAGUAUGUCUUUCCUAAAAUUACAUUCAUUACUUUGCAAAGGAACAUGAUGGUGUACGAAGUAGCAAACUGAGGUAGCACAGUAMAGAGAAUGGAGAUGGAUGGUUUGGGGACUGUACAAUGCAGUAAGAGAAGAAUCAGUAAAAGGUUGUGAUUUGGAGUUGCGAGAUGUGUGCAGGGGAUGGGAGAGCAACAAGAGAACAAUGGGGCAUAAACUGGCUAUUCAGUAUGUUGUCAGAAUGGUGCAAUAGCUCCAGAAAACAGGUUAUCCUGUUUCAUAACCCUGAUUGAUUUGUCCUACUUAGUAGGAAGAAACCAAAAGAGAUUGUAUUGAUGAACUUGGUCUUAGCAGUUUGUAAACCAAAAGAGAUGGUAUUGAUGAACUUGGUCUUAGCAGUUUGUAAACCAAAAGAGAUUGUAUUGUUGAA